CUGAGUCCACAAUGGACAAGAAAGAGAAAAAGAGAAACAGACAGACAGAGAAAGAGGGAGAGACAGAGAGAAAGAGAGAGAGAGAGAGAGAGAGAGAGAGAGGGAGUGAGUGCAUUAACGUCUGUUAGAGGCAAACAAGCUGUUCAACCCCUUUUUCUAUGAAAGUGGACUCUUCCAACCGAAGAAGCGGUAUUCUCUUAUUUCGGCGUUAAGGCGGGGAAAUUUCUCAUGUUGUGAGCAAACAUCACUAUAUACAUACAUACACAUAACAUACACUUACUACAAGAUAUUUAUAUACAAACAGACACACACAUAGAUAUACAUACACACGCACGCAUCCCGAGCAGUUCAGCUAUAGAGUGCAUAAAUAGAUAUAUAUAUAAUAUACAUACAUAGCUAACUAGAGGCGCACGUGUUCUUUGUGAAGGAGCUAUUACCGUAUCGCGUGCACAAAUUAUAUUUUAUAUAUGUGUAUAUAAUAUAUAUAAUAUUCUAUCAACACAUAUAUAUUGUAUAUGUAUGUGUAAGUCUUACCGGCUGGGAUAUUUACGCACAGACACACACGCAGCUACAUAAAGUGUACACACAUACAUUUAUAUACACUUACAUACAGUGAAAUCACUGUAGCUCCUUGUUAACCAUCUUUAAGGAUAUCGAAAAGGUUUAAUUGAAAACUGGUGAAUUGUUUAAGAUUAUUGUAUCAGACCCGUCUACAGUUAUGGCUGGAGCUAUAUGGAGAUAUUUCCUGGAGUUAGUGAGGAUGGGAGGAAAAACUAGCAAAGCAAAGCGGAAAGACAGCGCCAAGGAAAAUGAAGGAGUCGCAGAAACAGUAGAGGACAAGGAAACUCCGCAAAAUGCCACAGAGAAAACUGUCGAAGAUGUCACAACAAACGAAGUGGCAGAAGAAGCCAAAGAAAGUACCAAACCUACAGAAGAUUCCCAGAAAGCACAAGAAUCAGCUGUUUCUGAGUCACAAGCAUCGGAAAAUGGUAGCGCCGAACCAUCUUCUUUUACAGAAACAAUUAUGAAUGAAGUGGAUGCUGUGGCAGCACAGGUUAAGGAAUCGGUCAAGUGUGAAACUGAGAGUAAAGAGGUGGAGAAAGCAUCUGAAAAGAUAGACGAGGUCGUUGCUGCUGUAGAAACUGUGACAGAAUCGACACCAGCAGCAGCAGCAGCAGCAGUGUCUGAAGUGGUUGUAGAAUCUGUACCAGAGAUAGUUCCAGAACCUGUCCCAGAACCAGUGCAAGAAUUAGUUCCAGAACCAACUCCAGCUCCAGCACAGGAAUCUAUCCCGAAACCAGAAUCUGUUCCUGAAACAGAAUCUGUCCCAGAGCCAGCAUCACUCCCAGAACCCAUCCCUGAACCAGAAUCACUCCCAGAGCCAGAAUCACUCCCAGAGCCAGAAUCACUUCCGGAACCAGAAUCACUCCCAGAGCCAGAAUCACUUCCGGAACCAGAAUCACUCCCAGACCCAAUCCCAGAACAAGAUUCAUUUCCAGAACCACCUCUGGAAAAACUCCCAGAACCUGUGACAGCUACUCUCAUAGAAACAGUUCCAGAAUCAGCUCCCAUUCCUGUUUCGGAGCCAGAACCAGAGCUUGAGCCGAGCAAUGCUACAGAUUCAGAAGUGACUGGCGAAUCAGAAUGCCACGAAGAAGGAGGAAUAGUUGGAGGCGAUGAAAGUAAGGUUAAUGAAGAACUAGACACAGUGGAAGCAGUUACUAAGACAACUGAAGAGGAAAAGGUAGCAGAAGUGCCUGAAACUGAAGAACCAUCAACUGAGGUCAGUGGCGAGAAGUGUUCUGUUGAGAUACGCUGGGAUGAAGAAGCAGAAAAUGUCUUGUUGGCUGGAUCUUUCAACAAUUUUGAAGAACAUUUAACUUUAAAUAAGAUUGAAGAGGCUUUCAUGCUGAACCUUGACCUUGAUGUUGGUGAAUAUUUAUAUCGCUUCCUUGUUGAUGAUGAAUGGAAGAUCAACGCGAACCAGCCAAUAAAGUCCAACUCUGAAGGAACCGAGUUUAAUGUGUUGACUGUCCAGAAAUCUUGAGACCUGACUGACAAAAAGGUCACACUGAGGUCAUCUUUAAUACCUUCCUUACAGCCACUCUAUGCAGAAUCAUUUGACCGAUAAUGAUGGCCACAACAUCACGAUGGAAUUACUAAAAAUGGCCAAAAUCUUGAAGUGUGGUCAAGAACAAGAAUAAGAACAACAGCUAUAUCAUCAACAUUAUGGAAUGGAAAAUAUUGAUUUGUAAACAGUGUGUGUGUGUGUGUGUGUGUUAUAGACAUGGAUGUUGUGAGAUUAAGCAAAUAUAUGUGUACUUGCAUGUGUGCAUAUGCAGGUGUAUAUGUAAUAUGUAGGCAUGCAUAUGUGUGUGUGUGUAUAUAUAUGUAUGUAUGCAUUAUGUAUGUAUGUAUGUAUGCAUGUAUAUAUAUGUAUGUAUGCAUGUAUAUAUAUAUAUGUGUGUAUGUAUGCAUUUAUAUAUAUAUGUAUGCAUGUAUAUAUAUAUAUAUAUAUAUGUAUGCAUAUGUAUGUAUGUAUGCAUGUAUAUAUAUGUAUGUAUCUACAUAUGCAUGUAUAUAUAUAUGUAUAUAUACACAUGUAUAAAUAUAUACAUAUAUAUAUGCGCGUACAUAUGUAAAUCUAUCUAUAUAUAUCUAAAAACAUACAUAUAAAUAUACGUACAUAUGCAUUCAUAUAUAUACAUAUGCAUAUAAUAUAUACAUACAUAUAUACACAUACAUACAUAUAUACACAUACAUACAUAUAUACAUACUUACAUACACACACACACACACACACACACACAGAUGAUUUGAUGAACACAGGAUUUAUACUUGAGCUACUUCAAGUUUCAUUCUUUGAUAAUGCACUAAAAAGACAAACCUUAUAUACUGUUCCAUGCAUGACUGACCUGGCAACCAUUUGGGCUCAGGUGACCUACUUACUCCAUGAGGAAAUGCAAGAAGAAACAAGAAAAGUAUCACAAGAAAACCAUUUCUUUUACUCAUUUUUCUUUUUUUCAUGGAGUGCCCAUGUCAUUUGAGUCUGAUCAAUUGCUGGGUCAUGCAUGGCACACUCUAUACACCUGUCUUAUUGCUACGUCAUUCAAGCAUGAAACUUGAAGUAGUUCAUGUAUAAAUUCUGUAUUCAUUAAAUGAUAUCUAGUUCUUGCCAUACUGAGUACUUUUUGGUUCACCCUACUAACAAGCGAACAAUACACAAUACACAUACAUACAUACAUACAUAUAUAUAAACAUAUAUGUGUGUGUAUAUAUAUAAGUAUAUAUAUGUGUAUACAUAUAUGUAUGUAUAUAUACGUACAUAUAUUUAUAUAUAUAUAUAUACAUAUAUGUAUUUUUAUAUAUAUAUAUAUAUAUAUAUAUAUAUAUGUGGAUACAUACAUGUAUGCAAAUAUACAUAUAUAUAUAUAUGCACCCACAUGCACACACACACAGUCACUCCCAGCUGAUGCUUCUCAAUGCUUCUUCUCUAAGUUUCUCACUUACCAUUUUCCCUUCAAACAACAAAAACUGACAUCAAAGUCAAUUCAUUCAGAAACUGAGAGAAACAAGGGAUACAUCAGCAAAGGAUGGGUGAACGGAUAAGGUCUUAUUGCAUGGAAUCCGUACUCUGUGUGUUGUGUGUGUGUGUGGGUGUGUGUGUGCACUCGUACAUAUUUAUACACAUGUAUGUAUUUAUGUAUAUGUAUAUAUACAAGUAUGUUUAUAUAUAUAUAUAUGUCUAAAGCACAUACAUAUAUGUGUGUGCGUCUGUGUGUUUUUAUAUAUAUAUAUAUAUAUAUAUAAAUAAAUGUACAUGGAAUGAUGCACAUGAAUAUAUUUAUACAUGUGUGUGUGCUUAAAUCUAUGCAUGUAGACAUGCACAUGAGUGUGUGUGUGUGUGUGUGUGUGAAAACAAUGUUUAUAUAUAUAUAUACACAUGUAAUAGUUUUUUUUAAUCUUUACAGUUUUAAAUAUAUUCUCUGCUUUAUAUUUUGGAAUAUUAUUCUUAAUUCUUAAUUCUUUUGUCUUAUGUUGGACUGGAAAGUUGGUUUUGUUCGUUCCUUUUGGUUGUAUAAAAUGUUUGAAUUUUUUUUUUUUUUCCUUUUUUCAAAUAAAUACAAAAAAAGGAGACAGUGAACAUUUCAAAAUUAACUUUGGAACAAAAAAAAAAAUUAUCUAAACGAUUUUUAUAAGGUUUUAUCUAAUAGAACCUAUUGAUCAGUUGAGACACACUAUAAUUUGUAAUAUCUGGAAUUGUCGGAGUCAAUGAAAGAAAGAAAUGAGUUCAAAGAUGCUGAUUAAAGAUGCUGAAGGAGAAUUAAUAAUAAUAAUAAUAAUAAUUCGGAUAAUUUGAAUAAAUCAAAUAAAAUACCAAUAA